AUGUUGGACCUCAAUCUCACCGUUUUUCCUGAUGAUUCGCUCUCCGAUCGAGUCGAGACGGGGAGGGAGAAGCUUCCGGAACUGUACAGUGGUCAAAUGGACGAUUCCGGCACAUCCAAUUCCUCCGUCGUUAAUGUUGACUCCUGUAGCACAGCCGGCGAUACUGAUUCGUGCUCUGAUCAUCGCGGAGAUGCGCUCGCCUACAGCUUCGGCGUAUUGAAGUGCAAAAUUGAUGGAAAUAAUAUCGAAGACAGGGAGAAUAGGUCGGUGUUUGUGACGAAGGAGCUUUUUCCGGUGAAUGGGGGAGGUGGUGGAGAGGUGUUCUGUUCGCGGCAGCAGUGGUUGGAUCUUUCGGUUAAGGAGGGGAAUUACGGUGGUCCGAUGGAGCUGAGGAUUGUGCCUCAGCUGCAGAGACAGCAGGGGAAGAAGAGCAGGAGAGGACCAAUAUCUCGGAGCUCAGAGUACCGAGGAGUUACAUUUUAUCGGAGGACUAAAAGAUGGGAAUCGCAUAUUUGGGAUUGCGGAAAGCAAGUUUAUUUGGGGGGAUUCGAUACUGCACAUUCUGCAGCUAGGGCGUAUGAUCGAGCUGCAAUUAAGUUCCGUGGACUUGAUGCAGAUAUCAAUUUUAGUAUCACUGAUUAUGAAGAAGAUCUUAAGCAGGUCGGUGAGAAACGAAAGCCAAUGAAGAACUUGACGAAAGAAGAUUUUGUGCAUAUACUUCGUCGUCAGAGCACGGGUUUCUCCAGAGGAAGUUCGAAGUAUAGGGGGGUUACACUGCAUAAAUGUGGACGCUGGGAAGCUCGAAUGGGGCAGUUUCUUGGCAAGAAGUAUAUGUAUCUUGGGCUGUUUGACAGCGAGAUAGAAGCUGCAAGGGCUUAUGACAAGGCUGCUAUAAAAUGCAAUGGAAGGGAGGCAGUCACCAAUUUUGAGCCAAGCUCAUAUGAAGGGGAUAUAAAUUCUGAGGCUGAUAAUGGAGGCAUCAGUCAUAAUCUGGAUCUCAACUUGCGCAUUUCUCCCCCUUAUUUGGCUGACGACCAAAAUGGGAACAACAAAAUGGAAGAUUUGCAUCUGCUAUGUCACUUAGAUGACAUGUCUGAGGCCAGGAGAGCACAGACUGGGUGCUCUGCUUCAGCAGCAUUGGGAACUCUGCCUCAUGGCCAAGUAUUGGUGUCUGAGCACACUCCUCUCUGGGGUGGUGUGAACACCAGUUUCUUUCCCUCCUGUAAGGGAAAAGCAAUAGAGAAGAGUAUGGAAGUCAAUUCCUCACCAAACUGGGCAUCGCAAUUCCAGAGCCCUUAUCCUGGGGUUUUUCCUGUGCCAUUCUUCUCUACUGCAGCAUCAUCAGGAUUCGCUAAUUCAACUUUCACUGCUUCCUCAGCUGCUGUUCAUCAACCUCACUUUCUCAAUACAAGCAUUCCUCUCCACCAUUGUCCUCCAUCCACCAAUGAUACUAGCAUGCCCUAUUACUAAUGCAGAAGAUGAAGUAGCUAGCAGGGCACUUGGUCCAUGCACCUUUUCUUUUGUACAUCUACUGUAAGAUGUAUUCCUAGACGAUAACUCUGUUGUUCAAAUGCAAGGGGUAUUGUAUGAAACUCUGCCAGAAGAUCUCUUUAUAGACGAUAAUGCUCCUCUGUUCUUCAGGGAAGCUAGGGAAUGACAAUUGCAUCAUGCGGCGUUUUGAUUGAUUUUGAAAACCUUUUUUGUUCAAGUGGCAUUUUGACUGUAUCAUACUAUAACCCUUCAAGUUCUUCGCUUCA